CGGUUUGGAAAUUCAGUCGCAGUUUCCUUUUGCCAAGAUACUUCUCGGAAUUCCUCUCACCUGAAUAUAUAUACAUAUAUAGAGAAAGCAGCACCUUUUUUUAUUCUAGUUUACGGCUAAUCAAGCUCAGAGAACUGUGUUUUAAUUUGCAAUGGCAUCAUCGGCAAGACAGUCUUGCCAGGAGGAGGGUGAUGACAGGAAUCGUCGGGUUCCUGGUAAAGAGGGCUCCAAGCGAAGACAAGGGAGCUUAAAACAAGCAGACAUACGUGCUAUUAGGAAUAUUACGAAAGGACGGGGCGUGCAUGACUUGGGAUUGUACUUGGAACCUUUACUUCGAAAAGUGGUGUCUCGUUUCUUUUUCCUUCAAAUUUCGUCGUGUCGAUCGUGUGUAUUCCUUAUCCAGGUGCAAGAGGAGCUUCCACCUAUACUUCAGCGGCACCGUCAUCUAUUUGCUUGCUGCGAAGAAACCCUUCAUCCGACAGGAACAUCGGGAGGCAGAGCUUUACGCUUGUGGUUUACUAACAGCUUGCCUGCAACAAUUUUUACACGCACGAGGAUAACCUCUAAGGAAGGCGCUCCGAUUGGAAUUGUUUUGCGUGAUGCGAGAUCUCAGAACUGCAUAGUGAAGGAAGGUCCACUGUCCUGCACCAGAAUAAUGAUGUGCGCGCUCAAUGGUGAGUUUGGUUGUAACGGGAAUGAGGAUUGGAGUGAAGAGGAAUUCAAUGCCAAUAUCUCACCAGGAAGAGAUAAUAAGGGCGAGUUACUGAAUGGAGAAAGGUUCGUUACAUUGGAAAAUGGAGUCGGUAUUGUGCCGUACAUUGAGUUCGGUGAUAACUCCAGCUGGACCAGAAGCCGAAGGUUCAGGCUAGGAGCCAGAGCUGUAGAGAACGGAGCUAACAUAAGAGAAGGCAGGAGUGAAGCUUUUAUCGUCAAGGACAAACGUGGAGAGUCGUACAAGAAACACGACCGUCCAUCACUGAAUGACGAAGUAUGGCGUUUGAAAAAGAUAGCCAAAGAUGGUCCAAUUCACAAGCGGCUGUCGUUUUGUAAAGUAAAAACUGUUAGAGAUCUGUUGCGGCUGAACGUGAUCAACCCUUUUUCAUUGCAAAAGAUAAUGGGAAUUAGAAAGACGUUGUGGGACGCAAUCAUUGAGCAUGCCAGGGCUUGCGAGAUAGACGGUGAGCGUUACACUUUCCAGUGUAUCACCACAGCACAACAACCAAUAAGCCUUCUCUUCAAUUCCAUCUAUGAGCUCGUGGGAGUGAGUUUUGGUGGGCCUCAUUAUCGUUCGUUAGAUUCCCUGUACUCGGAAGAGAAGCGUGUCGUGGAAAUAGCUAAGCGUAAGGCUUAUGAGACAGUGGAGACAUCAGUAUAUGGGUCGAUGAAGGAAUUAGCAGGCCAGCCUUCCACGUCUACGUCGCUCGGUGAAUUAAUGCAUACUGAUGAACAAGUAGGCGGUGAUCAAAUGGAACCCAACAGUAUUGGGAAAGAGUUUGUAUCUGGAGAGUUGGUUGCUGGAGAAGAUUGGAAUUACCUGCCUAACGUGUCUGAGCUUGAAUUACCAAACGGCCUGUCUCCUUCGUUGCUGUGGGGGAUAGGAAAUCCGCUUGGUUAUUCUGAUCAAGUUGAAGGACCCGAAUCGAGUUAUCAAUAUUUGCAGGAUCAUUCCGCUUUAACUUCUUGCAGAGGGAGAAGCAAAACUGUCUGGAAUAAGAUUCGGAAUACUCUAAGAUUGGUGAUGCCCUUUCUGGGUAAGAGGAAGGGGAAACUUCCAGUUCCUUGUAACUAAUAGCUCUGGUUGUUGAUCUCUCUUUCUAUCUUUGACGCGAGUGUUGUGUGUGGGGUUUAAAGUAUUCUAGCAAGGUAAUGUAUUGUACAAACCAAUGCUAUAAUGGAAAUCGGUGGUUCUGAGU